CCUGGCCAUUCACCAUUGGCUGGCGGUGAUAAGCGGACGCCUUCGAAAACAUACAAGGCCACCGCAGUAUUUGGGUUCGGCAUCGACUGUUUUAGCCAACUUUCUUGAGCCAGCCCUUUAGUAGGGACUUUUGUCCCCUCAGUAGCCCCAUGCUUGCACCAGGCGCCGGGAUGAAGGCCCGGGGCCUGGGCGCCUUGCUUCUAGUGCUCGGGCUGACCAUUGCCCGGGCUGAGGCGGCUCGUGUCGCCGUCUAUACAAGCGAGGCCACCGAUGCUCUUGACUUGCGUUGGAGCCAUGGCCCAAAGAACCUUCUCAGCCAGCUACGCGGCUCCGGGUUCGACGUGAUGGAGUCCGACGGCAAAGCCGACUUUGGCGGUGUUGACGCCUUUAUCAUUCCUACGCAAGGUGGCAUGGCGCCUUACAUUAACGCUGAAGACAUGGACGCUGUCGCGUCGUAUGUAUCUUCUGGUGGGCUUGUCCUCCUAAUGGGCUCCGCCCACGAGAGCGCCGAGCGCGAAUUCGUGGCCAGGGCUCUAGGCUAUAAGGGUUCUUGGGCUCCGUGCAAGCCGGUUGAGGCGGACGCCUCCAGCGAGCCAGCGCUUAGCGAAUAUGCUCCGUCGUUCAUGCUCGGCAAGACCGACACUUGGCCUCAGGCGCUCGAAAGCCUAAGCGCCAUUACCUAUACUUCUUGGUGCCGCCAUGAGGAUGACUCCGCCUCUAUCGUUCCCCUGUACACCGCCCAGGACGAUGAGAUGAAGGUUGCCGUCCAGGCUUUCGGGAAGGUCGGCAACCCUGGCGCCGUUGUCUGGUUCGGUUACAACUGGAAGUACGGCGAGGAGGCCCGGUGGGGCAGCCUGGUCCAGAAGCUGGUUGAGGACUUCGCUGCGGGCGCCUACCAGGCCCCCGCCAGCGGCAACUCCGAGGCGCACAGCACGCACGUGGACUCGCUGCUCGAGUCAGCCGUCAGCAUCGCCGAGGAUGCCGCCGAGGUGGUCCGCCGCUUCCUGAUCGCUACCCCAGCCACCUACCCGCCCUCUCCCCCAUCCCCGUCGCCGCCAUCCCCGCCCUCUCCCCCAUCCCCGUCGCCACCAUCCCCGCCCUCUCCCCCAUCCCCGUCGCCACCAUCCCCGCCGUCUCCCCCAUCCCCGUCGCCACCACGCCCGCCCUCUCCCCCAUCCCCGUCGCCACCACGCCCCCCCUCUCCACCACCCCCCUCUCCACCGCCGCCCUCUCCACCGCCGCCCUCUCCACCGCCGCCCUCUCCACCCCCGCCCUCUCCAUCCCCGCCCUCUCCACCCCCACCGUCGCCGUCUCCUCCCUCUCCCGAGCCGCCGUCACCUCCGCCACCCUCUCCCCCACCCCCCUCUCCGCCGCCACCCUCUCCCCCACCACCCUCUCCUCCGCCUCCCUCUCCUCCGCCUCCUUCGCCUCCUCCCUCGCCCGAGCCCCCAUCCCCGCCCCCUCCGUCCCCGGAUCCCCCCGGCGGCCGCUCCCCCUCUCCUCCUCCCUCACCACUGCUGCCGCCAUCCCCCGAGCCCAACCCGCCCUCGCCUGAGCCUCGUCCGCCUCGCCGCCCCAGGCCGCCGCCACCCAACCCCAUGCCGCCCAACGUUCCCCCGCAGUCGCCCAACCCCCCACCAUCUCCCAGCCCACCUCCUCCCAACCAGCCCAACCUGCCCGGCCUCCCCCCGCUGGCACCCUCUCCGCCUCCGCCUCCCAGCCCCUCUCCUCCACCUCCCUCACCACCCCCCAGCCCGCCCCCGCUGCCCCCUGGCCUGGCUGAGGUCCAGGAGCGCCUCACCAUUGUUCCUUCUGCCACCGCUAUCCAGAAGGCUGGUGGCAUCGACGCUUACGUUGACAACAGCAAGGGCGCCGUCGCUAAUGCAUAUGGCACCACCAAGGAGCACGUCGUGGCCAUGUUCAACGGCAAGGAGGUCCACCGCCGCAGUCUUGUGGACCUCGACAUCCCAACCGCCAACCGCCUCAACCAGAUCGUCUCCUCCCUGGGGCUGGUGGACGCCUUCGUCGUGAGCACCAUGCCGUAUGAUCACGAUCGCGAGGUCCAGGCCAAGGCCGACGAGCCGGCUGCGAUCGAGUCCUUCCGCCGCACCCUGGCCGACAGCGUCGAGACGAACGGCAUCGCUUACCUGGUCCGCCUGACGAUUGAGGUGCCGCUGCCGCCCUCGCCGCCGCCCCGGCCGCCUGCCAGCCCCGGCAAGAAGGCGCCGCCGACCGUACCCAACCACCCGCCCACCCGGCCCAACAUCCCGCCGCGCCCGCCGCCGGUCAACGUGCAGGCCCUCGCAGCAGUCACUGGUGCCACCAGCCUCAUCGAACGCUGGAACCCGCCGCCCUCACCGCCGCCGCCGCAGAACCCCUCCCCGCCGAAUCCUCCCCCGUCGCCUCCCCCCUCACCCCGCCCUCCUCGUCCCCCGAGGAACCCUGCCCCCCCUCAG